UUCCGCGCAUUAGCCACCCCACCUCUCCGCGUGGGCCCCGCCAAAUCUCCUCUUCUCUUCUUCCACCGCCGCGGCGGCUUCGCUUCGCUUCCCAAUCCUUCACAUCCACCACCGCCUCCUCCUCCUCCCCGCACGCCUCGCCGUCGCCGGCGAAAACCCUAGCGGCGAUCUCCUCGUACCCAUGGCCAGCUACGGCGUCGACACGCGGCCGGCGGCCGCGGCGGCGGGAGGCGGGGGAGCGGGAGCGGGAGCGGCGGGGGAGGGGGCGCUGUCGUUCCUGUCGCGCGGCCUCCGGGAGGACCUGCGGCUGAUCCGCGCGCGGGCGGGGGAGCUGGAGACGUUCCUGACCGCGCCGGUGCCGGAGCCGGAGCUGCUCGCGCGGCUCCGGCGCGCGUACUCGUCGUCGGCGGGGACCACGCGGCUGGACCUGUCGGCCAUCGGGAAGGCGUUCGGGACGGGGGUGGUGGGGAGGGGGAGCAGGGGGGCGAGGUGGGGGUGGGAGGAGGUCCAGGAGGCCGAGGAGUGGGAGCCCAUACGGAUGGUCAAGGCGCGCCUCAGGGAGAUGGAGCGGAGGCGGCAGUGGCAGGCCACCGACAUGCUCCACAAGGUCAAGCUCAGCUUGAAAUCAAUGAGCUUUGUACCUGAAGCAUCUGAGGAAGUUCCACCGCUAGAUUUAGGUGAACUCCUGGCAUAUUUCCUAAAGCAAUCUGGGCCAUUGUUUGACCAACUUGGUAUAAAAAGAGACGUGUGCGAUAAGCUGGUGGAAUCUCUGUGCAGCAAACGCAAGGACCACCUUGCAUAUAAUUCAUUUCCAGCAAGUGAACCAUCCGCAUUCAGCAAUGACAAUGCUGGUGAUGAACUUGACCUAAGAAUAGCUAGUGUCGUGCAAAGUACAGGACACAAUUAUGAAGGUGGAUUUUGGAAUGAUGGGCAUAAAUAUGAAACAGCUGACAAGAGGCAUGUUGCGAUAGUCACCACUGCCAGUCUUCCCUGGAUGACUGGAACAGCUGUAAAUCCUUUAUUUCGAGCUGCUUACUUGGCUAAGUCUUCCAAGCAAGAUGUAACCUUGGUGGUGCCUUGGCUUUGCAAGUCUGAUCAAGAACUUGUGUAUCCCAAUAGCAUGACAUUUAGUUCUCCACAAGAACAAGAAGCUUAUAUGAGGAGUUGGCUGGAAGAAAGGGUUGGUUUCAAGACAGACUUCAAAAUAUCAUUCUAUCCUGGAAAGUUUCAAAAAGAACGGAGAAGCAUAAUUCCUGCGGGGGACACUUCACAAUUUAUACCAUCAAAGGAAGCUGACAUUGCUAUUUUGGAAGAGCCUGAGCACCUGAACUGGUACCAUCAUGGGAAACGUUGGACUGAUAAAUUUAAUCAUGUUGUUGGUGUUGUGCAUACAAAUUAUUUGGAGUACAUUAAAAGGGAGAAGAAUGGUGUUAUUCAAGCCUUUUUUGUGAAGCACAUCAACAAUUUGGUUGCCAGAGCAUAUUGCCAUAAGGUUUUGCGACUGUCAGGAGCUACACAAGAUCUCCCCAAGUCCAUGAUCUGCAAUGUACAUGGUGUCAAUCCCAAGUUUCUUGAGGUUGGAGAGAGAAUUGCAGCAGAGAGGGAAUCUGGCCAGCAUUCUUUCUCCAAAGGAGCUUAUUUUCUAGGGAAGAUGGUCUGGGCCAAAGGUUACAGAGAAUUGAUAGAUUUGUAUGCCAAACACAAGAGUGAUUUGGAAGGCAUCAAGUUGGACAUCUAUGGAAAUGGUGAAGAUUCACAUGAGGUGCAAUCAGCGGCUAUGAAGUUGAACCUAAACCUUAACUUUCAUAAAGGCCGGGAUCAUGCGGAUGAUUCUCUUCAUGGGUACAAGGUUUUUAUAAAUCCAAGCAUUAGUGAUGUCCUUUGCACUGCGACCGCUGAGGCAUUAGCAAUGGGUAAGUUUGUUGUCUGCGCAGACCACCCAUCGAAUGAUUUUUUCAGGUCAUUCCCGAACUGUUUGACAUAUAAAACAUCGGAGGACUUUGUCGCGAAAGUGAAGGAAGCAAUGGCACGCGAUCCACAACCCCUCACACCUGAGCAGAGAUACAACUUAUCCUGGGAGGCCGCAACACAGAGAUUCAUGGAGCACUCCGAGCUGGACAAGGUCUUGAGCAGCAGCAACAGGGACUGCACCACCAGCACCAGUGGAUGUGGUAAAAGUGGAGACAAUAAGAUGGAAAAAUCAGCCUCGUUGCCGAACAUGUCAGACAUGGUAGAUGGUGGGCUGGCCUUCGCCCACUACUGCUUCACUGGCAAUGAGCUCCUCAGACUGUCAACCGGAGCAAUACCCGGCACCCUCAAUUACAACAAGCAACAUAGCUUGGACCUCCACCUCUUGCCGCCUCAGGUACAGAACCCAGUAUACGGCUGGUAAGAUACUCCAUAUAUACAAUUAGUAGUAGUAUUUCUCUCAGCACAUAGAUAGCUCUGUAAUUUGUUUGUAACACUAGUUUUCGUUUUUCUUUUUGUCUACCAUAUGCCGAAGGCAAUCUUGUUCAUUAUUAUUGCAAACUACUACUACAGUACUACUACAAACUACAUGUGUUAGAUAGAAGUGCCAUUUUCACUGGCCUUCAUAUUCAUAUUAAAGCAGAGUUGUUCAGAUUUCA